CUUUUUCCUCAUUAAUUAAAUGGUCCCCGCCCACGGAGAAACGUCGAAUACUAUCUUUAAUGAACGUUUCUCUCUCGCGAUGCCCGUACAGAUCGUACAGCUUCCGAAUUCAUUAAAUCGCCAUUUUACCACUCACACCAACAGUCGCGGAUUUUCCGCCUCCGCUAUACCGCGAUUACAAGCGCCGCCCUUCUCUCCGUGUUAUCGGCAUCAUCGACUGCAUCUUCGUCGUUGUGACCUUCAAUUCAAUGAAUAAACUUUAAAUACUUGUCGUGACCUUCCAUAAAUCAAUGAGUCCGAUACCGAUCUGCAAGCGUUCUCACGGAAUGCCACGUCACUUCCGAGUAGCGGCGCGUGUACAUCGCACUUAUCUCGAUAUAAACAACGAACCUCCGAAUCUGAUAUCCACUCAACGACGAGAAGCCAGACGGCGAGAAAAGUUAAAAAAAUAGCCAACGCGGAAAUCUAGCUUGCUCAAGGCUGCCUAUGGUCGCGCGGUGGGGCGAACAAUGAGACGUUCGCAAUGAUGAUCCCGGAGACAUGUAUCUAUAUAAAGGGAUCGAUUUCCCGUAGUUGCAACUACAGUAUCGAACAGUGUCGUUCUGUGUGUUCUUUAACGGGAAUAAAGCUGAUAAAACGCUUAACAUGUUCAAACUGAUUCUAAUGGCUAUCGCGGUGGUAGCGGUCACAUGCGCACCGAUGCCGGAACCGGUACCAGCACCGGCACCAGGUCCUCUGCCGCCAUUGUUGGCUCCUUACCCGGUGAUCUACACUGCACCUUACGUGAAGGUGUACCCAUAUCAACCGGUCCCCUUGGCGUAUAACCUUGGCUAUAACGGUUAUUAUAAUGGCUACUACAACAAGUUUCCAGGCUCGGCGUACGCUUACUAACAUCGAUUUGUACUAUCCAGACUAUUCAGUGGAUCACCAACACCAUCGUAGUUUUCUCGUAUAACGCGACUCACCGCAACGCGCCAAAUGAUUCUGAAUCGUGGAACAUUUCUAAAAUAAAAUAUUCUCUUGUCGCAAACGCCGCAGUGUGCUCGACUAUGACGAUCUCCAUCUGCCUUCUCUCCUACCCAUCCUCUUUUCCAGCCUACAGCCGUUAAUACUGCUUCGCGAAAGAGGAUCUCUCGUCCGAGCUUUUGGCAGACUCCGCGUUAUCGAGCGGCCCAUCAAUUUCGUACGUUUGUUCGCCGGUAAAAUUUAUGAAACAACACGCAUUAUACCGCAUAAUCGCGCUGUUCGCGGACAAGUAAUUCCGUUUUAACCCAUUAUCUGCCAACGAUACAUUUUCAGGAUAGUAUGUUAAAUUUUGAUCUCGCAUUCUGUAGUAUGCGCUAUGCCGCAAUAAACAAUUCCGCGCAAAUAAUGUGAAGCAAAUAGGAAACAGAUGUGAACAAAAGCAUAAAGCAACAAGAUUAAAUGCUCAUAACGGGAAAAAUGUUUCCCUUUUCGCGACGAUUUAUUUUGGAUCAUCUAUAAUCUUAAUGAGCCUCAGCUCCAUAACUUAUC